AUGCACAUUGCCCUGCCGGAGGCUACUCCUUGUCUGCAUGCGAUUGCUAUCGCAAUCCAUUUUCCUGGGAAGGCUUUUACCACUUCUACUACUUCUGUGCCAGCAGACCAAGCUUGUAGCACUAUACAGGCUUCCUCAGGCUCCAGCUUCAAUUCUAAUGAUUGUGAUAUGUCUAUCAUGUGGUUGGCUGUCUCAGGCUCCGGCAAAAGUUUAAACAGGGGUCAUUUUUCUUCCACCUCAUCAGGCUUAGUUGAGCCUUCUUCCUAUCCAUCGGGCGCCGAGGAAGUUACCCAUUCUGGCUUUGAUUCAAGCCUAGCGACAGCGGCAGUAGAGUUUUCUGGUGGAAACCCGCCGAUCGAAAUUCAGACGGAUCCAGGUUAUUGUUUAAGUGGAGGCAUGGCUCGUCUUGUCUCCUUCUGCCUACGCAGCCGCUGCUUGCUCUUACAAAUUGAUCUCACUCCACACAUUUCUUCACUUGUAGGUAUGUUUUCCAUGAUAUACUUUUCUUUAAUCCUGGGUAUUUUGGCUGAUAGCAAACCCAGUGUAUUUGAUUUAUUUUAA